AUGUCGAGCGAGAAGCCGGCUUCAGCAGCACCACCACCGGGCCCGGCUACUUCAGCAGCAGCACCACCGGACACGGACCACCGGGACCCGAACCCGAACCCGCCGCCGGGCUCCACCGGCCCGGGAGCAGCGAGCUCCGGAGCCGGGGAGAGGAUGGUGUCCGCAGCCGGCUCCAUGGUCCUGCCCGCCGGGGGGAUCAACCCGGCCGUGCCGAUCAGGAAUAUCCAGAUGAAAUUCGCCGUGCUGGUGGGCCUGAUCCAGGUCGGGGAGGUUAGCAACAGGGACAUCGUGGAGACGGUGCUGAACCUGCUGGUGGGCGGCGAGUUUGACCUGGAGAUGAACUUCAUCAUCCAGGAGGCGGAGAGCAUUGGCUGCAUGGUGGAGCUGCUGUCCCACUGCGAGGUGACGUGCCAGGCUGAGAUCUGGAGCAUGUUCACGGCCAUCCUCCGCAAGAGCGUGCGCAACCUGCAGACCAGCACGGAGGUGGGCCUCAUCCAGCAGGUGCUGCUGAAGAUGAGCACGGUGGACGACAUGAUCGCAGACCUUCUGGUGGACAUGCUGGGAGUCAUGGCCAGUUACAGCAUCACAGUCAAGGAGCUGAAGCUGCUCUUCAGUAUGCUGAGGGGAGACAACGGCAUCUGGCCAAGACACGCGAUCAAGCUCUUGUCGGUGUUGAACCAGAUGCCUCAGAGACACGGUCCUGAUACCUUCUUCAACUUCCCAGGACGCAGUGCAGCGGCUAUAGCAUUGCCACCAAUUGCCAAAUGGCCUUACCAGAACGGAUUCACCAUCAACACCUGGUUCAGGCAGGAUCCGCUCAACAACAUCAACGUGGAUAAAGACAAACCGUACCUCUAUUGUUUUCGCACCAGCAAAGGAAUCGGUUACUCCGCUCACUUUGUGGGAAACUGUCUCAUCGUGACAUCGUUGAAAUCGAAGGGAAAAGGCUUUCAGCACUGUGUGAAAUACGAUUUCCAGCCCCGCAAGUGGUACAUGAUCAGCAUCGUCCACAUCUACAACCGCUGGAGGAACUCGGAGAUUCGUUGCUAUGUUAACGGUCAACUGGUCUCCUAUGGUGACAUGGCCUGGCACGUCAACACCAAUGAUAGCUACGACAAGUGUUUCCUGGGUUCCUCGGAGACAGCGGACGCUAACAGGGUGUUCUGUGGGCAGCUGGGAGCCAUCUACGUUUUCAGUGAGGCCCUGAAUCCAGCUCAGAUCUUUGCCAUUCACCAGCUCGGCCCGGGAUACAAGAGCACCUUCAAGUUCAAGUCCGAGAGCGACAUCCACCUGGCCGAGCACCACAAGCAGGUGCUGUACGACAGCAAGCUGGCCAACUCCAUCUCCUUCACCUACAACGCCAAGGCCACCGACGCCCAGCUGUGCCUGGAGUCCUCGCCGAGGGAGAACGCCUCCAUCUUCGUCCACUCGCCGCACGCCCUCAUGCUACAGGACGUGAAGGCCAUAGUUACCCACUCCAUCCACAGUGCCAUCCACUCGAUAGGAGGCAUCCAGGUCCUGUUCCCUCUCUUUGCUCAGCUGGACUACAAGCAGCUCAACGACUGCAGUGUGGACACGUCAGUCUGUGCCACUCUGCUGGCGUUCCUGGUGGAGCUGUUGAAGAGCUCAGUGGCCAUGCAGGAGCAGAUGCUGGGAGGGAAGGGCUUCCUGGUGAUUGGAUACCUGCUUGAGAAGUCGUCCCGAGUCCACAUCACCAGGGCCGUACUGGAACAGUUCCUGUCCUUCGCCAAGUAUCUGGAUGGUUUACCUCAUGGAGCGCCACUCCUCAAACAGCUCUGUGACCAUGUCCUGUUCAACGCUGCCAUCUGGAUACACACCCCUGCCAAGGUCCAGCUGUCCCUCUACACCUACCUGUCAUCGGAGUUCAUCGGCACCGCCACCAUCUACACCACCAUCCGCCGGGUGGGCACCGUCCUGCAGCUGAUGCACACUCUGAAGUACUACUACUGGGCCAUCAACCCGCUGGAGUGCAGUGGAAUCAGCCCCAAAGGUCUCGACGGACCGCGGCCGUCCCAAAAGGAGAUCAUCUCGCUCCGAGCCUUCAUGCUCCUCUUCCUCAAACAGCUGAUACUGAAGGACCGGGGCGUGAAGGAGGACGAGCUGCAGAGCAUUCUCAACUACCUACUGACCAUGCAUGAGGAUGAGAACAUCCAUGACGUGCUCCAGCUGCUGGUGGCUCUCAUGUCUGAGCACCCGGCGUCCAUGAUCCCUGCUUUCGAUCAGAGAAAUGGAAUAAGGGUGAUCUGCAAACUCCUGGCCUCCAAGAGUGAGAGCAUCCGGGUCCAGGCCCUCAAAGUCCUCGGCUACUUCCUCAAGCACCUCGGUCACAAGAGGAAGGUAGAGAUCAUGCACACGCACAGUCUGUUCACGCUGCUGGGCGAGAGGCUGAUGAUGCACACUAACACCGUCUCCAUCACCACCUACAACACGCUGUACGAGAUUCUGACCGAGCAGGUGUGCACUCAGGUGGUCCACAAACCCCACCCUGAGCCCGACUCCACCGUCAAGAUCCAGAAUCCCAUGAUUCUGAAAGUGGUGGCGACCCUCCUGAAGAACUCCUCUCCCAGUGCCGAGCUGAUGGAAGUCAGGAGACUCUUUCUCUCCGACAUGAUCAAGCUCUUCAGCAACAGCCGCGAAAACCGUCGCUGCCUGCUGCAGUGCUCCGUGUGGCAGGACUGGAUGUUCUCCCUCGGAUACAUCAACCCCAAGAGCCCCGAGGAGCAGAAAAUCACCGAGAUGGUGUACAACAUAUUCAGGAUCCUGCUCUACCACGCCAUCAAAUACGAAUGGGGCGGGUGGAGAGUGUGGGUUGAUACCCUGUCCAUCGCACACUCCAAGGUGACCUACGAGGCCCACAAGGAAUACUUAGCUAAGAUGUACGAAGAGUACCAGCGUCAGGAGGAGGAGAACAUGAAGAAAGGAAAGAAAGGCUGUGUGUCCACCAUCUCUGGGCUCUCCGCUGUGCCCGCCCCCGUUGUCAACGGCAACCUGGAGAUCGAUGAUAACUCCCAGACGCAGACGCCGGAGAGCGAGGCUGAAUACAGCGAGGGAGCCAACCUCCUGGCCGAAGGCGCCGUGAAGCGACCCAACGGAGAGGCCCUGGCGCCCGGGGAGCAGGGCGCUGGUCCGGGCGUGAGGGUGGAGGUCCACGACCUGCUGGUGGACAUUAAAGCUGAGAAAGUGGAGGCCACAGAGGUGAAGCUGGAUGACCUGGACCUGUCUCCCGAGGGCCUCAGUGGAGGUGUGGUGGUGGUGGGUGGGGGAGGAAUGGAGAACGGGCCUCUGGUGGAGGUGGACUCUCUCCUGGACAGUGCUUACUGCGCUGUCGUCCAGAACAUGAACGGGACUCUGGCUCCUAAAGAUGACACGCCGGCCUCAGGGGUCGGCCUGGGGCUCUCGGGGGUCAGCCUGGAGGAUGAUGGGAACAUGGGUCCGCUCAUCACUCUGGCUGAUGAGAAGGACAGCGUCCCGAGCAACAACGGGUUCCUCUUCAGCAAGGUUGAUGAGAAGCUGCUUCCAGCUCUGGCAGCCACGGACCCCCUGGUGCUGCCCAGUCCGGACCAGCCCACCUCCUCCGGCCCGGUCCCGUCCCUCUCCAGCACCAGCGCCAGUGACGACCUCAGUCUGCUCGCCCACAUGACCGGCUGCGGCUCGGACCUACAGACCCAGAGCCACACGGCCGGGGAGCUGCCGGAGGACGGGCUCUUCAAGAUCCAGAGCCCUCUCGCUGACAUCAGCUCCAUCGCGGAGGCCGAGAGCCUGAUCCAGGCGGCGUCCAGAACCACCGACUUCCCAGAGGGAGAGGGCCCGGCCGGGGGGGAGGGGGAGGCUGCCGGGCUGAAGACGGGCGGAGACACGGCCAGCACCACCUCGGAUACAGAGAGGUCGGACGACGGCAAGGACAAAGACACGAAGAAGAUCCAAACUACCGCGACUACUCAGGCCCUUCACGGCCGCACCGCUGCGCAGCUGGAGCGGGACCUCCGCGUGGACCUGGGCUUCCGGGGGAUGCCCAUGACGGAGGAGCAGCGCCGGCAGUUCAGCCCCGGCCCACGCACGACCAUGUUCCGUAUCCCCGAGUUCAAGUGGUCGCCCAUGCACCAGCGGCUGCUCACCGACCUGCUGUUCGCCCUCGAGACCGACGUGCACGUGUGGAGGAGUCACUCAACCAAGUCUGUGAUGGAUUUCGUGAACAGCAAUGAAAACAUCAUCUUCGUCCACAACACCAUCCACCUCAUUUCUCAGAUGGUGGACAACAUCAUCAUCGCCUGUGGAGGCAUCCUUCCUCUGCUGUCCGCCGCCACCUCCCCUUCCAGUUCUAAGAAUAGUGCCAACGCUAAGGCAGGAGGAGCCGGACCCCAGAGGGGGUCAAAGGGAGAGGAGGUGACCCCUGUUCCUGGGGGAGGAGGCACAGGGGGAGAGACGGAGCUGGAGAACAUCGAGGCGACGCAGGGAAUGUCCUCGGAGACGGCGGUCACCUUCCUCUCGCGGCUCAUGGCCAUGGUGGACGUGCUGGUGUUCGCCAGCUCCCUCAACUUCAGCGAGAUCGAGGCCGAGAAGAACAUGUCGUCGGGAGGGCUGAUGAGGCAGUGUCUCCGCCUGGUUUGCUGCGUGGCGGUGAGGAACUGUCUGGAGUGCAGACAGAGACAGAGAGACCGGAGCUGCAAGUCCUCCUUAACCAGCAGCAAGUCGCAGGACAGCCUCCACAGUGCCUCCAACACCAGCAAGCAGGAUCCAGACAGACUCCUGCAGGAUGUCGACAUCAAUCGUCUCCGAGCUGUAGUAUUCAGAGACGUGGACGACAGUAAGCAAGCUCAGUUCCUGGCGCUGGCAGUUGUCUACUUCAUCUCCGUCCUCAUGGUGUCGAAGUACCGGGACAUUUUGGAACCCCAGCGGGAGAUUUGCCGAUCCACCAGCCUAUCAGGGAGAAGCAUCCGCCACGAGAUCAACUCCCCAACCAGUACAGAGCACCCAGCCACAGCCUUCUCCGACAAGCAGACCCCCACCCCCGUGGACGACUCCCCCCGGGCCGGGCUCCCCCACACGGACUCGGGCAUCGGAGAGGAGGGUCACGUGGCCGGGUCCCUGAACGGCUCGGAGAUGGGUCUCGGCCUCGGCCUGGGCCUGGUCGGGAGGGAGACAGACCGGGAUCGAGACAGAGACAUGGGGGGAGGAGGAGGAGGAGGAGGAGGCACGGAUCUGCUGUGCAGCCUGUCGGACGUCAGGAGGUCACAGGAGAGCCUUCUGGAUUCUCCCCACAACCCCGGCUCCCACCCCAACGCCCCCCCCUCGUCCAUCUCCAGCAUCAGUCAAACAAGCAAAGGCAUCAAUGUCAAGGAGAUCCUGAAGAGUUUGGUGGCAGCGCCGGUCGACGGGGGGGACUUGGGUCAGGAGUCGGGGCCGACGCCCUACCACCCGGACCCCGCCCUGAAGACACACCCCAUGCUGCCCAUGCAGUUCCACUCCUUCGACAGGAGUGUUGUGGUUCCAGUCAAGAAGCCGCCGCCCGGCAGCCUGAUAGUCAACACCGUGGGCACACCCACCACCGGCGGGUCCACCACCGCUGGCAGCACCCCCAACAUCUUUGCUGCCGCGACAGCAACACCCAAGAGCAUGAUCAACACUACAGGUGCCACAGACUCCGCGUCCUCUUCCUCCUCCUCCUCUUCGUCGUUUGUCAACGGUGCCACGAGUAAGAAUCUGCCGGCGGUGCAGACGGUGGCGCCCAUGGCAGAAGACUCGAUGGAGAACAUGAGUGCCUAUUGUGAGGUGGCGCAGUGUGCGCUACGCAGCGGUCAGACGCCGCCUGAGCUCAAGUCCUUUAGCUCCCUGGCCGGCUUCCAGACGGCCCCCCGAGACGCAGGACAGUGUUUUAGCAUCACCACCAAGCUGGAGCGCGCCCUGGAGAAGGUGGCGCCGCUGCUGAGGGAGAUCUUUGUGGACUUCGCCCCCUUCCUGUCCAGGACGCUGCUGGGUAGCCAUGGGCAGGAACUGCUCAUAGAAGGUACAGGCCUGGUGUGUAUGAAGUCAAGCACGUCUGUGGUGGAGCUUGUGAUGCUGCUCUGUUCUCAGGAAUGGCAAAACUCCAUUCAGAAGAACGCCGGUCUGGCCUUCAUUGAGCUGAUCAAUGAGGGAAGACUUCUGUGUCACGCCAUGAAGGAUCAUAUCGUGCGCGUUGCCAACGAGGCGGAGUUCAUCCUGAACAGACAGAGAGCCGAGGACGUUCACAAGCACGCAGAGUUUGAGUCGAACUGUGCCCAGUAUGCUGCGGACCGGAGAGAGGAGGAGAAAAUGUGCGACCACCUCAUCAGCGCCGCUAAGCACAGGGAUCAUGUGACGGCCAACCAGCUGAAGCAGAAGAUCCUCAACAUCCUGACCAAUAAGCACGGAGCGUGGGGGACAAUGUCCCAGAGCCAAUGUCAUGACUUCUGGCGUCUGGACUACUGGGAGGACGACCUGAGGAGGAGACGGAGAUUUGUGCGAAAUGCCUUUGGCUCCACCCACGCCGAUAUGUCACUCAAGGCCCUGGAGGACUAUGGUACAGAAGAGGAAGAGGAGGGGGUGAAGUCGAAAAAGAAUUUGCGCAACCAGUCCGUGGUCGCCCAGAACCCAGAGGCGGAGUUAAUGCUGGAGGGAGACGAUGACGCUGUUAGUCUGCUGCAGGAAAAAGAGAUUGAUAACCUUGCAGUACGUUUCCUUCCGAGGCUUUUUAUCUCCAAAGGACCCGUGGUUCUGAGCACCCCCGCUCAGCUGGUGGCUCCUGUGGUGGUGGCUCGCGGGACUCUGUCCAUCACCACGACCGAGAUCUACUUCGAGGUGGACGAGGACGACGCCGCCUUUAAGGACACGGAUCCUAAAGUCCUGGCCUACUCAGAGGGUCUGCACGGCAAGUGGAUGUUCAGCGAGAUCCGAGCUGUGUUUUCCAGACGAUACCUGCUGCAGAACACUGGACUCGAGGUCUUCAUGGCAAACAGGACGUCUGUGAUGUUUAACUUCCCCGACCAGUCCACGGUCAAACGGGUGGUUUACAGUCUCCCCCGGGUCGGGGUCGGAACGAGUUACGGGCUCCCCCAGGCCAGGCGUAUUUCCUUAGCAACCCCUCGUCAGCUCUUCAAGUCGUCCAACAUGACUCAGCGCUGGCAGAGGAGAGAGAUCUCCAACUUUGAGUACCUCAUGUUCCUCAACACCAUUGCAGGGAGAACCUACAAUGAUCUGAACCAGUAUCCCAUCUUCCCCUGGGUCUUGACCAACUACGAUUCAGAGGAGCUCGAUCUCACUCUGCCUGGAAACUUUAGAGACCUCUCCAAGCCAAUCGGUGCUCUGAAUCCCAAGCGGGCAGCCUUCUACGCCGAGCGCUACGAGACGUGGGACGACGACAGCACGUCCCCUCACCACUACACCACCCUGUACUCCACCGCUCACUCAACUCUGAUGUGGAUGCUCAGAAUAGAGCCCUUCAGCACGUUCUUCCUCAACGCCAACGACGAGAAGUUCGACCAUCCAGAUAGAGCCUUCUCCGGCAUCGGCCAUUCGUGGAGGAACUGCCAGAGGGACACAGCUGACGUCAAGGAGCUGAUCCCAGAGUUCUACUAUCUGCCCGAGUUGUUUGUCAACAGUAACGAGUACGAGCUGGGGAUGCGUGAGGACGGCGUCCCCGUGUGUGACGUGGAGCUUCCUGCCUGGGCCAAGAAACCUGAGGACUUUGUCCGCAUCAACCGGAUGGCGCUGGAGAGCGAGUUUGUGUCGUGCCAGCUUCACCAGUGGAUCGAUCUAAUAUUCGGCUACAAGCAGCGGGGGCCGGAGGCGGUCCGAUCCCUCAACGUGUUCGACUUCCUGUCCUACGAGGGAUCGGUCACCCUGGACAAUUUAGACGGUCCGCAACGCGAGGUUAUUGAGAUGCAGAUUCAGCUCUGUGGUCAGGUUCCCUCGCAGCUGCUGAUAGAGCCACACCCCCCUCGCUCCUCCGCCAUGCACCUGUGUUUCCUUCCCCAGAGCCCUCUGAUGUUUAAGGAUCAGAUGCAGCAGGACGUCAUCAUGGUGCUCAAGUUCCCGUCCAACUCGCCCGUCACGCACGUGGCCGCCAACACGCUCCCCCACCUCAGCAUCCCGGCGGCGGUCACCGUCACGUGCAGCCGGCUGUUCGCAGUCAACCGCUGGCACAACACAGUCGGCCUUCGAGGAGCUCCAGGUUAUUCCCUGGAACAGGCUCAUCAUCUCCCCAUCGAGAUGGACCCUCUCAUAGCAAACAACUCAGGCGUGAACAAGCGUCAGAUCACUGACCUGGUCGACCAGAGCAUCCAAAUCAACACACACUGUUUUGUGGUUACCGCCGACAACCGCUACAUCCUGGUGUGCGGCUUCUGGGACAAGAGCUUCCGGGUUUACUCCACUGAAACUGGAAAACUGACCCAGAUCGUUUUUGGCCACUGGGAUGUGGUGACGUGCCUGGCGCGGUCAGAGUCCUACAUCGGAGGAGACUGCUACAUCGUGUCCGGCUCCAGAGACGCCACUCUUCUUCUGUGGUACUGGAGUGGACGACACCACAUAAUAGGCGACAACCCCAAUAACAGUGACUAUCCUGCUCCCAGGGCGGUGCUGACGGGACACGACCACGAGGUGGUGUGCGUCUCUGUCUGUGCGGAGCUGGGGUUGGUCAUCAGUGGAGCUAAAGAGGGUCCGUGCCUGGUCCACACCAUCACAGGGGACCUGCUGAGGGCCCUGGAGGGUCCCGAGCUGUGUCAGCGGCCUCGCCUCAUCUCAGUGUCCAGCGAAGGCCACUGCAUCAUCAACUACGAGAGAGGCCGCUUCUGCAAUUUCAGCAUAAACGGAAAACUGCUGGCACAAAUGGAGGUCAACGACUCCACACGGGCCAUCCUGCUGAGCAGCGACGGACAGAACCUGGUCACAGGAGGUGAUAACGGAGUUGUGGAAGUGUGGCAGGCGUGCGACUUCAAACAGCUUUACAUCUACCCCGGCUGUGAUGCCGGCAUCCGCGCCAUGGACCUCUCACACGACCAGAGGACCCUAAUCACUGGCAUGGCGUCCGGCAGCAUUGUGGCGUUUAACAUAGACUUCAACCGCUGGCACUACGAACACCAGAACAGGUACUGAGGUCGGCCGGUUCGAGGAGGAGGGAAGGAGAGAAGAACGAGAGAUGAAUAAAGGAGGCGAUGCUUUCUUCUGUGUUUCUGCGACACGGCGAAUCUACAGGCACCGAGAGGAAGAGGAAAGAACAAGUACCGGACCUUAGGCUCUAUUCUGUUGAGAAGCUUGCUGGAAAGAAAACGUCCUCCUGUGCACGCGUGAAAACACACACACGUGUGUAACCACAGACACAUAACACCCCCCCCCCUCCCCUUCGAAGAUACACACCAAAACCUGCUAAUAAACUAAACAAGGCUGCAGAAUGGGGAGAGAGAGAGCAAGUCAAGCAGACGCUGUAGAGGGCGAUCGAACCCGAGCCGCUCGCAGGACCGGUGCAGUCGCUGCUCCAGGUACGCUUAACGCUUCACAGACUAUGAACCUAAGUUUUUCUCUCUCUUUUCUUCUUCUGGCUUUCACAUUUCGUUCUGUCCUUUUCAUUUGAGCGGAGGAAGACUCUGAAUUCGAGACUCCUUCAAUGUGUCCGAGCAGAUUAGAAACGUGAACCAGCCCCACCCACUGUUCCAAAAAGCGGUGCUAUUGGCUUGAUCUUAAAUUCACCCGUGAAAAAUGGCCUGUGGGGGGUGGAGGGGGUUUGAUUUUUAUUUUCUCUUAUUGAUUUUUACCAGGUGUUUAUUUCAUUUUCUAAUUUCAUUAUUCUUUUCUUUUUACCCACAGCAGGGUUAAGUCUGACGUUUCUGUAAAUACGACUCUGCUUCCUUCAGGGUCCACACUUGUUCUUUCACUACACAAACUGCGCUUAUCACCUUUAAUUUAUUAAUGACUUGCUGUAUGUAACAUAUUGUGUAAUAAUUAUUAUAAUGUUGACAAGACUGAUGGUAAUGACGACAGUGUCAAGGAUGGUGAUUGUUUUGCCGGAGAUAGAAACGAUGAAGCGGUCUUUCUUGCCAGUGCCACCGCGGCUGACGCCCACGAGACCGACAUGAUUUCCUUUGUAUAUUUGGUGAUUGUUUUGUCAAAUAUGUACAUAUAGUCUCGGUUCAGGCUCGGCGGGAGACCUAAUCAGCUGAAUAAGACUGAAGCCGCAACGGAAACCUUCACUUACCCACAUUUGUUGAUUAUUUAAAAAAAAGAAAAAAAAUAAGAGAAUCAAAUCAAUGUAAAAGUUUGUUUUGUAUUUGCACUUUGCACCAAUCACAUAUCAUUAUUUAUUAGCUUGGUUCUUUCUGGUCGGCUGCCAUUUUGUUUAGGUCCAUUUUUAUUUUUUUUCCCCUGCGGGAUUAUUUGUGCAUUGAUGUUUGUAUUUAAAACGUUGAGCUCAUGUGUGGUUAUUAAGUUUUACAACCUCACAGUUGUAAGCAAUAUCAUGAUU